GACGGGGGAAAGAACAGUAACAACCUUCCCCGAUGAACGCUCACCGGCGGCAGACCGUCGAGUCGGACACCGAUUCCGACUCGGAGACGAUGCGAUGUCUCUCCUGCAAGGAAGAGUACGACUCGGUCGACGCCGGGACCUGCAAGGAGUGCUACGACGAGGCAACCGAGACCGAGCAAGAGCUCAAGAAAGAGAUCGACGAUCUCAAGGCUAAGAUCGCCUUCUUGAAAUUCUGCUCCCCUGUCGGCCAGAACCACUUCGACGGCAAAUUCUCCGACGUCGUAUUGGUCGCCUCCGACGACCUGUCUCCCUUGCCCGUCCCGGCUCACAAGGCCGUUCUGGCAAGCCGAUCCCCAGUAUUCAGAGCAAUGCUCGAGAACCAAAUGGAAGAGAGCAUCAGUGGAACCAUAAAAAUCCCCGACGUAUCAUACGAUGCACUCAGAACCUUUGUCAACUACAUGUACACAGCUGAAGCACGCCUCGAUGAACAGAUGGCCUGCGACCUUUUGGUGCUGGCGGAGAAGUAUCAGGUCAAGUAUCUCAAAGGUUACUGCGAGACCUUUCUGGUGUCCAGAUUGAACUGGGACAGCUCGUUGAUGAGCUACGCCUUCGCUCACCAGCACAAUGCAAAGCAGGUGCUCCAAGCUUCGUUGUCUCUUAUCACGGAGAACAUGGACAAGCUCACUACACGGGAGGAGUAUCUGGAGCUGGUGGAGAAAGAUCCGAGGCUUGUGGUGGAGAUUUACGAAGCAUAUCUUGGGAAGCAGGUGAAUACAGCUGCAGCUCGUGGGGAUUGCUCCAAGCAGAAGAAACUGUAGCAGCCUAGCGGGCAUAAGGGUUUUUUUCAUCCUUUUCUCUUUUCGGUCUAGUUUAGAUUGUGAAUGUGGGUAGUGAUUAGUCGAUGAUUGUUCUUUGUCCAGUCUUUCGUUGUUCGAUAUUUUCGCAGGAUGGUUCUCUUAAGAGGACGCAUAUAACAACCUGGGUUUACUUGUCGCCCUAUGGAUGGAGAUUUUAUAUUAAAUCUAAAUCGUGGGU